CCACGCUGGGCUACCCACCCCCCUUGUCUUUGCCCUCGCGACGCAGCCACCCCAGAAGCGAGUCAUGGUGGCUGCACUGGUUGCAGCGUGGCUGCUUCUAGCAGCCGUGGCCUGCACACAGAGAGAGCAGGACUUCUACGACUUCAAGGCUGUUAACAUCCGGGGCAAAUUGGUGUCCCUAGAGAAGUACCGUGGCUCGGUGUCCCUGGUAGUGAACGUGGCCAGUGAGUGUGGCUUCACAGACCAGCACUACCGGGCCCUGCAGCAGCUGCAGCGGGACCUGGGGCCCCACCACUUCAAUGUGCUUGCCUUCCCCUGCAACCAGUUUGGCCAACAGGAGCCUGACAGCAACAGGGAGAUCGAGAGUUUUGCCCGCCGCACCUACAGUGUCUCUUUCCCCAUGUUUAGCAAGGUUGCAGUGACUGGCACUGGUGCACACCCUGCCUUCAAGUACCUGACUGAAACUUCUGGAAAGGAACCCACUUGGAAUUUCUGGAAGUACCUCGUGGCCCCAGAUGGAAAGGUGGUAGGGGCUUGGGACCCAACUGUGUCAGUGGAGGAGAUCAGACCCCAUAUCACAGCACUUGUGAGGAAGCUCAUCCUGAAGAAGCGAGAAGACUUAUAACCACUUUCCCUCCUCACCUACUGUCCCCUUUCCCCCUACCUUGCUUUUUGGUGACCAAAGCAAACUCAAAUGGUGCUUUAGAGGGAGAGACGAUGGCUCUCCUUCACCCAUACAUAUCUCACCUAUGCCAUCACUCCUGUGAGGGGGCAAUUCUAGCAUUUUGAUGAUUUGAGUCUUAGAGCAACCUAUAGGAACUCCUGGCCAAUGAGAGCCCUUGACCAAUGAAUCACCAGCCAAUAAGAACUUCUAGCCCAUGAAAACAUGUGGUAAAUAGAAGUAUAUCAAGCAACAAUCUCCCACCUAUUAAGAACUCUAUGAAACAGGGCUGAUUCCUACCUCACAGGGCUGUUGUGAGGAUUAAUGAAAGACCUAUGAGCAUGCCUAGGACAGUGUCAGCCCAAUAGGAGACACUCAAUAAAUGUUUUCUGCAUAUAAACAAAAAAAUAAUGUGAUCAAUGAAAACUUGCACACAACAUGGAUUCCCAGCCAAUGAGAAUGGUCAAACAUAUAUUGUUGUUGUUUUCUUCUCUAUUAUUAUUUUUAAUUACCAAAGGAAUGUAAAUUCAUUGUAAGACAAUGCAGGAUGAUGUGAUAAAAUGAAAAUGUACCCCUCAAGCCUU